UAAACAAGUGCGUUCCUUACCCUCUCUUUUUUUUCCCUUUUAUACUAAAAAGAUAAAUAAAUAAUAUAUACAUAAAAGAUGGGCAUUAGUUUUUCUUCAAUUUUCUCAGAGCUCUUUGGUAAGAGAGAGAUGCGUAUUCUCAUGGUUGGUCUUGAUGCCGCCGGUAAGACUACCAUCUUGUAUAAGCUCAAGUUGGGUGAGAUUGUGACAACUAUUCCUACAAUUGGUUUCAAUGUUGAGACCGUUGAAUACAAGAACAUUUCUUUCACUGUUUGGGAUGUUGGAGGACAAGACAAGAUUCGUCCUCUUUGGAGACAUUACUUCCAAAACACUCAAGGCAUCAUUUUCGUGGUUGACUCUAAUGAUCGUGAUCGUAUCUCAGAAGCUCGUGAUGAACUUCAACGUAUGUUGAACGAAGAUGAACUUCGCGAUGCUCUCUUACUCGUAUUUGCUAACAAGCAAGAUUUACCCAACGCCAUGAACGCUGCUGAGAUCACUGAUAAACUCGGUCUCCAUUCUCUUCGUAACAGACAUUGGUACAUCCAAACUGCCUGUGCUACAAGUGGUGAUGGUCUUUAUGAAGGUUUAGAAUGGUUAUCUGCCAACUUGAAGAAGCGUAGUUAAAUAAUUUCCUCUAAAAUCCCCCCUCCAAAAUGCUGUAUAUUAAGAAUACAUUAAAAACAAAAACCCUAAAAAAAAAAACCCCUUUUUUAUAUAAAACAUAUACACACCAACAAAUUGAGAGAGGUUUGUUUAAACCCUCUUCUUAUAAAUGACACGUGUUUUUUUAUAAAAAAUAAAUAAAAAAAUAUCCCACACACAAUA